UAGUAUUUUCUUACACUCUCACCUGGCAGGUGGACUCAAUGGAUUGCUUGCGGUGUAGGCAGAUGAAACGUUCACUUUAGGAAUUUGUGUUCUUGUUGCGUUGAAUGUGAUACCGUGCGUGCGUAAAUUAGUCAAACUGCGGUGCGUCUUUUAAUUUUGUUAAGCUGUACAAACAAAAAGUGGUAGAAGACAAUUAAUGUUCCUGUGACUAUGUUGAUGAUGGAACUAAAGGAGGAUGCUUGAAGGAGUCUGGCCAUCUGAUAACGAAGUUUCCAAUGAAGCGGCAAGAUGAAAUUUUUGUUUAUUUAUGUAACGGCGGUGACUUUAUUUGGAAAAACAAUUUUUGGAUGUCAAUUCCACCCACCGGGAGAAUACUUGCGCUUCGUGAGAGUUCCAGAAAAUUUACAAAUUGGACAAGACUUCCUUAAGAUCGAAGUACACCCUAGACGUAACCUUAAUUUAUCUUCCAUUGAUAGGAACGACGAUGUGCAUUAUUUCACAUAUCGUGAACUAAAUGAAACUACAAUUGCGUUGGUCCUAGCGAGAUCCUUAGAUGACUUAGUGGAUACUGACAGUCCACAAAAUGUGCUUAAGUUUAAGCUUGUCUGUGAUUAUGAGGAUGGGGAAGACACGAUAUCUUCCUCGUUGUCUGUAACCGUGUAUGUUGAAGAUUUGAACGAUAAUUCGCCAAUUUUCUUAGGAACACCGUAUGAAUUAACCGUAGAUGAACUAACGCCAGUUGGUUUAACAAUUUUCCGAAGAAUUCUAGCUGCUGAUCGUGACAAACCUAACACACCAAAUUCAGAUGUGCAGUACUCGAUAACUGGAGGCAACGAGCGAGGAAUGUUUGCUCUCGAUGGCAGUCACCAAGCAUUUUUGAUAUUAAGGAAGCCUCUCGAUUACGAUACAGGCGACAGAGAAUUUACGAUUACUGUUACAGCUUCGGACCGUGGUAUUCCACAAAGAAGUACGAAUGCUUCCAUAAGCAUAAAGGUACAAGAUGCAGAUGAUCUCAGCCCUAAAUUUACAAAAGGAGUUUAUAGAACAAGGCUUGCAGAAUUCUACCCAUUGACAGGAGAGAAAAUCCACCACCGGUUGAAGUUUGAACCGCCGAUAUUUGCUUACGAUCAAGAUUUGGCGAUUGACGCGGCAAUUCGCUACGAUAUCUUAGCGGGAAACGAUCGCCAUUUAUUUUACCUAGAUCAUUUUAAUGGUUCCUUAUUCCUCGAGAGGGAAAUUGAUUUAGAAGCUGAAGGCUCGUUACCAGGCAACACCUUUGUACUCCAAAUUCAAGCUUCACAAGUCGACGAUCCUUUAAAGUUCGUUGUCGCACGCGUCGAGGUUGAAAUUCUCGACGUAAACGAUAACCUACCAGAAUUUGAAGUUGAUCGUUAUAAUAUUAGCAUUGUUGAAAAUAUACCAAAAGGCUUCAGCGUUCUGCAAAUCAUAGCCAAAGACCCCGAUCAAGGCGACAAUAGCGAGUUCAGCUAUGAUUUGGAAGACAAAAGUGGUGCAUUUGUAAUUGAUCCUCGUACGGGGUGGUUGACGGUGAGAAAUCAUACCCUACUCGAUCGCGAAAAAUUCUCACAUUUAACCCUGACAGCAUUCGCAAGAGAAAAGACUGUUAGUGUCAUUACAAAUAAAAUUGAUUCCUCUGCAGUACCAAUCGAUGUGACAUUAUUGGACAUUAACGAUAACAACCCCAUGUUCAUUCCAAACAAUAUCUAUGAAUUCAUCAGCACGACAAGUAAGCGUGUAGGAGAAGUUGUUGGGCAGGUUCAAGCAGUCGACUUAGACUUAGGCCGCAACGGUUUGGUUCAGUAUUCAAUACAAAAGACAGCAAACGCCACCAACUUGUUCAAAAUCGAUACUCGAACAGGACAACUAUUUGUUAAUUCGCAGUUUUUGGUGGAAGGGAAUCAUACCUUGCUAGUCGAAGCUUCGGAUCAACCAACAAAUCCAAGCGAAAAAAGGUCAUCAGUUGCCGUUGUUACCAUUAGAGUGUAUACAAAAGAGGAACCCGCCAGUAAAACAAGUAGCGACCAUCCGGAAUUUUUGGGAGCGCCCUACGAAUUCUGGGUUGGGUUUAAGGUCGCAGUGGGAACUAGUAUAGGCCAAAUUCGCGUGGCCACAGCAACGGAUAAUAAGAGGAAUAUGUUUGACUUGUUACACAGUUAUAAGGAAGGAGUUCCCUUCGCCGUAGAAGAAAAGUUAGGAAUAAUUACAGUAAUAGAUAAUUUAAACAAGUAUAACAGAAGCGAAUAUGAAUUUGAAGCAAUUUUCAUUACUGAAGGUGGAGUGUCUAUCGUUACUAAUGUAACAAUCCACGUCGUUCAUCCGGAUGUUGAUAAAACCAGUCUUGUAAAUUACAGGGGACCUGCUACUCUGCUGGAAUUUCACAUACGAGAAAAUAAAGUUGGUGCCCUCAUCGGAAAGAUUGAGCACAAUUCCACUGACCGCUUUUCAAAAUUUACAAUAGCUAAUCAACGAGAUGUCACGGAUUAUAUCUCAAUUUCGUCCGACGGAUCACUCUACACACAAAAGGCGUUCGACAGAGAAAAGCGAGACCUAUUUAGAUUAACAAUUCUUGCCGAAUAUAUGAUGGGAACGCACAAGAAUACCGAAAUUUAUCAGUUGAUCGUGUACGUUGAUGAUGAAAAUGACAAUGCUCCAGUUUUUGAGCAUAAGGAAUACGAAGGCAAGAUUUUGGAGAACUCAAAAUCUGGAACCGAAGUGAAUCUGAAUAGAAAGAUAUCGGCCAAGGAUGCCGAUGUUGGUCUGAAUGGCCAUUUUGCGAUCAGCAUUUUUGGUAAUGGCAGCGAACUGUUCAGGUUGGAUAGGUACACGGGGCGACUUUACUUGCAAGGUGGGUCAAACAGUUUAAACAGGGAGGAGAAGGCUGUUUACAUUUUGCGAUUAAUCGCUAAGGAUGAUGGUGGUUUGUAUGGAGAAGCAAAACUAACGAUAAUUAUAGAAGACACCAACGACAAUGCACCUACAUUUAAACGUAUUAUUAUUCUUCCUAAUCGAGGAGUCGAUGUACUAGAGUAUGGACCAUCGAAAACCAACAUUUUACUGUUCCAAGAGAUGGUUUCAAAUGUAACCACUGGAAUACAAGCACUAACGCAAACUCAAAUCAAAUUCGUUGGGAAACCAAGGGUGUCAUCGCCACUGUUUGCAUUUCCAGAAAGCAUUCACGUUGGAAACUCCCUGUUCAGAUUUGAAGCUGAAGAUUUGGAUUUACACGAAAACUCAGUUAUCAAAUAUGAAAUGUUAUCAGAAACCUACAUUCCGAACGCGGUUUUCUCAUCGAACCCCUUUCACGUCAAUCAACACUUUAUGAUGCACCCGACAAAUGGAGAAAUAGUAGUGGCCCGAAGUCUGCCCCCGGAAUCCAGCUUCAUAUUAAACGUUGUUGCCAGUGAUAAGGAUGGAUUAAAGGACAAUGUGACAAUACGGCUUUUUGUAAAUGACGUAAAUGAUCAUCCGCCAAUGUUUUCGAAGCCAUGGUACUCCUUUGAUGUGGAGGAGGCAACUUAUUCGCAAAAAGUUAUAGGAAGGGUGGAGGCUGUAGAUUCCGAUUUUGGCCCAAAUGCAAAUGUGUCCUAUCACAUUCAUUACCAAAGCAAUCAGAGUUCGCCGUUUUCUAUAACUAAACAAGGCGGUGCCAUUACGGUGCAUGGUAAAUUAGAUAGGGAACAAAAGGAUAAAUAUCGGCUUUCUGUAGUAGCUUCUGAUAAUCCUAGUUCCGGCAACAAAUUGUCAACGAUUGUUAGUGUUGAGGUUAACAUAUUGGAUGUAAACGACAAUGCGCCUAUGUUUUACGGAUAUGAUAAUCUUAUAGACUACCAUGCCGAUAAAAAAACAGAAGGCGUUCACGCAUUUGCAGAAUUCAUCCAAAUUCCCGUUUACUACGGACACAUUUUUGAAAAUUCGCCUAUUGGAACAUCGGUUACAAAGGUGUUUGCCAAUGACACAGAUUUUUUAGGAAACGGAAAUGGACUGUUUCUCUUCAGUAUUUCCCAAAAGAAAAACCAUGCGCAUUUCUUUACGAUCGAUUCGAAAGAUGGAGUCGUUAGUACAGUGCGUAAAUUAAAUUAUGAUGUACAAAGAACGCACAACGUAACUGUAAUCGUAUCAGACCUAGGAUCGCCUAGUUUGAGUUCAACAGCGCUCGUUGUGGUAAACGUCCUAAACAACGAAAUUAAAAAUUCGACGCAGAAUAUAUUCCUUCAUCGUUAUUAUGAAAUUGAAGUCGAAGAAAACGUCCCAGUUCCACUGAAAGUAAUGACAUUAAAUGUGACGGAACCAUAUCGCAAACGUCGCUUGCGUUUCAGCAUAGUUGCCGAAAAGAAUUCCGAUAUCAAGAAAACCUUCCAAAUUGAUCCCAGAAAUGGAACAAUUUUUAUUACGUCCAGUCCCGAUAGAGAAAAGCGAGAAAAUUACGAACUUCUCAUUCGCCUAGAUGAAUACAAAGUCGCGCGUGAUAUGACUGUAAUGGUUUAUCCAGUUUCAAAUGAAAGGUUGGGAGAAUUAGGGUUAAACGAAGUGAAGGUGGUUGUUCGAAUAACCGACGUAAACGAUAAUGCACCGAAUUUCACCCUUAGUGGAAAACCUUUAGUUACAGCGAUUCCGAAUGAUGUAAGCUAUGGGUACCAUGUCAUCAAACUGCAGGCGUUCGAUCCCGACUGGGAUAUCAACGGUAAAAUUCGCUACCAAAUACUAGGGCGCGCGGACGAGGCGUCGCGACGAUUUGUUAUUGAUCCGACGACCGGACAAGUGAGAACGAUUUCUUCCUUCGCGAACGAUGCAGGUCGCCUUUUCGGAUUCGAUGUUAAAGCUACCGACCGUAACGGCGCUGAUGACGGAAGAUCGACAAUCGCCAAUGUUCUCGUUUACAUUUUGGAUCAACAGAGGCAAUUGGUAAUGACGGUACAAUCUACGCCUAUUGACAUCGAAAACAAUUUAGAAAAUUUCACAAGCACGCUGUGUAAUAUCACAGGGUUUGAUAUUCGUGUCCGAAAAAUUGAACCGGUUUCAUCUCAAAUUGACGUAUACAGCACGGCCACUGAUGUGUAUCUUUACGCAGUCGACCCCUUGCUCAACGUAGUUGUAGAUGCAGACAGGCUUCAAAGAAUGCUGGAUUUCAAAAGAGAAAUGAUAGACAAAGAGUUGGAAGCUUUCCAAGUACUGGGUUUAACAACAAAUAUUUCUGAAAGAAAAUCCAAAGGUCGCAUGUUACAACUGUCUACUUUGGAAAUUGGAGUGGUCGUACUUGGAUGUUUGAUAUUUAUCUGUUGUCUAAUUGUGCUAACUUGUGCGAUAGUCAAUCGUCAAAGAAAGAAAAGGUUAAAGGAAUCUAAAUUUAUCUCACGACCCCCUCCAACGUACGGCAUUUCGACCAGCGAAUUUGGAAAAACUUUACAUUUUCCAUCAAAUUUCGAAGAAUCGAUUCAGUACACUGAGGCAAAACGAGACGUUCCUAAAAUUCCGAAACACUCAGCGGAUUACCCACGAAUCCUGAAACAUACGUCACACGCAGACGAAAGGGCUAGAAGCAUAGGAGGUCUGGAAACAUCCAUGACAUCGCUACACUCAAGUGGAAAAGAUUCCGGGAUCAUUGAUGAGAGUCAGCACUGUCCGUGUGGACAAUCCAGUAGCGUGGGUUCCGAAGGUAGUUGCAGGAGCAGCUACGAAGACUCCUUGAACUCUGAAAAUCAACCAAAACUGCAACACGACAACGGUGCCGUGCAUAACUAUCGAGUGUGCCGUUCAACAACAAAACAACAGCGUCGUAAAAGGAAGAAGACGACGACCUCCGAAGGUUUGGGACAACGGCCGCAUACCGUCGCAUUUUUAAAUCCGUAUUCGCGCCAAAUUUAUCCCAACUCUUCUUACUUAUUCCCAAGACCUUUUACUACGACUAUGGUUGCACACGGUAGAAAUCCGUCGUGACUAUUUUAGUAAGAUUGUAGAUUUAUGUAUUUGUGUCAGAUGUAUAAGACUACAAAGCUCCAUUGUCAUAGUGUUACCAAAUCCCUGUACGUACAUCUUGUACUUGCAUUUAAAUCUCACGCCUUUUGUGAACAACGUAUUUACUAGUAACCGUCUUAUAAUGGGGUUAACUUGCAUCUAGCCUAUAAUUCCCAAAACACCGCAGAAAACAGAAUUUAUCAGCUAUGUGACAUCGUUUAAGCCGAUCUGAAGGAACCGUCGCAGUAGUGUGGUUAUAUCGUGAAAAAAUUGAAAACUUUCUAACUUAUGUAUAUAAAUAGAAUUUAGAAAUGUAAUUUUUCCCCCUUGUACAUAAUAUAUAGCAUUAAACAACUC